ACCCUUCAGGGAGGGGCUACUUCCCUUCCUGAGAGGCCCCUGAUGAGGAACCAGUGACAUAUCACUUGGGGACUGGACCUUUCACAGCCCAUUCUUGCCUUUGUCCCCCAGGCUCUGUGGAGUUAAUGUCGUCUGCACACUGGGGACCAUGUGAGGAAGCACCCCGACCCAGAACCUGCCUGCUCUUCUCGGCCUCGCCAUCCUUCAGGGAGAGCAGAGUGAGGCUGAUGAGGAAACAGGGACCUGUCACCUGGAGCCGGGGCCCUGUCACAUCCAUACAUCUGCUUGCCCUGCUCGGCUCUGUGGACUUUAUCCGUCAUCAGUGCCACUGGGGACCAUGGCAGACAGCACCACGACCUUGACCUUCAUUGUCCUCCUGGGCCUUGGGCUGUGUCAGGGCCCAAGGGACCAGGUACAGGCAGGUGAGUCCCCCCAACCUCCGACCUCCUGCUUCAGCACAGACCUGCCUGGGCAGCUAGGGAGACACAGGGUUUGGAAUAACGGAGUCGUCCCCAAACCCUCCAUCUGGGCUGACCCAGGACCCAUCGUCACCAAGGGGAGCCCCGUGACCAUCUGGUGUCAGGGGUCUCUGCAGGCUAGUGCCUACCUUCUGUAUAAAGAGAGGGGCUCUGAGCCCUGGGAAACGAGGAUCCCACAGAACUCCAGCAACAAGGCCGGUUUCCUCAUUGGAGCCACGACUACAUCCCACGCAGGGCUGUACCAGUGUGCAUAUUACACCACUGGGAACAUACCCUCAGAGUGGAGCGACCCCUUGUUCCUGGUGGUGACAGGAGAGUACAGUGCACCCUCCCUCUCAGCCCCACCAAGCCUUGUGGUGGCCUCAGGAGAGAACGUGUCCCUCUCCUGUAGCUCAAACUUCACAUCGGGCCCUUUCCAUCUGCUGAAGGAGGGAGGGGCUGACCCGCCCCGACGAAUGGAAGCAGAAUGGAGGAUCCAUACUAGGAGGUGGUGGGCCAUCUUCCCUCUGGGCCCCGUGAGCACCUCCCAUGGGGGGAUCUACAGAUGCUAUGGCUCUUCCAGCUCGUACCUCAACGUGUGGUCACAGCCCAGUGACCCCCUGGAGCUGGUGGUCUCAGGUCUCCAAUGGUACCUGAUUGUCCUGAUCGGGGUCUCGGUGGCCCUGGUCCUGCUGCUCUCGCUCUUCCUCUUCCUCCGAUUCCGGCUUCAGAGCAAAGGCAGGACGUCAGUGGCUGCAGCGUCAGAGCAAGAAGACAGAGGCCUGCAGAAGAGCUCCCGCCCAGCUGCUGAGGUCCAGGAAGAGAGUUUGUAUACCGUCGCAGAAGACACACAGCCUGAGCGGGACAGACAGCUGGACAGUCGGGCUGAAGAACCCCAGGAAGUGACCUACGCCCAGCUCAAGCCCUUGACCCUCAGCCAGGAGUCAAGUGCACCCCCUUCCUCCCCAUCAGAGGAGUCCCCAGAAGAGCCCAGCAUGUAUGCUGCUCUGGCCAGGCACUAGCCCAGCAAAUCCAGGGAGGUCCCUGCAGGGACCCUAAAAGGCAUGAAAGCUGCCACCAUGGACACUCAGCUAGUGACCCCUGCCAGCCUGGAGACCUGAUGUGCCCCCAGCAGCUCCUGGGACCUUUUGGAAGUUGACUGCUUCCAGGAACUGCAUCAUUAAACAGCUGACCUACAGACCCCGCCACAGGGACCCCGCCCACUGCACGAUCCCAGGGAACUGCCAUCGAGGCAGUAAAUACGCAAGUGGCAACCUCGGGCUGAGGGAGGGCCUACUGCCCAGCCAUUGUCACUGUGCCCUUAACUGACUGAGCCCCAAAGUUCCCAGACGGGGACCAACCACAGGACAGGACGCAAGGAGGCUGCACCACUGAGGGGUUGCUCAACUUCGUGCUUCUCAUUUCCCAAGACUCAGCCACUUCCUCCCCAGCCUGAGGAAGCUUCUCAGCAAGGAAAAGGGAAGCCUGCUCCCUCCUGACCACUUCUUCAUACCCCAGGCCCAGGGGGAGGGGCGCCUCUCCAUAGGCCACGAACCCAUCCCCCACUUCACUUAAAUCUCAAGACAGAACCAGGAAUCUGCCCAUCAACAACUGGUAACCAGCUGUGGAAUGAGCCUGUAGAUCUUCAGCAAACCAAGGUGGAUGGACCGGAUCAGCCCUCAGCCCCCACCCCCUCCUCACCCAAACUUACCAGGGACCAGGGUCAAAAGCAAGAAGUGGGAGCUAACCCCUGACCUCCACUUGCUAUUUCCUCUGCAUGUAAAUGACCGUUCAUCUGUAAGAACUUCCUGUUUUUUUGUUUUUAUUCAGAAUGCUUAUCUUUAAACUUAACAAAAAUGAUUUACACCCUAGCAGAUUUGGUUGUGGCUAGAGCGUUGGCCUGCAGACCACAGACCAAAGGAUCAUGGGCUCUAUUCUGGUCAAGGGCACAUACCAGGUUGGGGUUUGUGCAGGAGGCAACCAAUUGAUGUUUCACCAAUGUCUUUCCCUCUCCCUCUAAAAAUUAAAUGGAACCACACCCUCAGGCGAGGAUUAACAAAAAUUUUGCUUGCCAAUAGUGACCAGGUUUUGAUUCAAAGAACCUUCCCAUAACAGCCUUGGUCUCCUGCUGUGGUGUGAAUGUCUUCUCUAGUGCAGGCCGCCACCUCCCACCCCCCAGGCCAAGGACUGGCAUCUACAGGCUGUGACAAGUACCUACAGUGCUGGCUUCAGCAGCACAUACUAAAGUGGACAGAUCAGCAUGGCUCCUGAGCAAGGAUGACGUGCAGAUUCAUGAAGCAUCCCCAAUUUUUUGAUGAACAGCAACUAGACUUUACGGGGUGAUGACUUGAUAGUGUGUAUAUAGAUGUUGAAUUGUUUACACCAGAAAUAAAAGCCCACAAGCAUCUGACCAAACCGGGUUAACCAGGCCCCCUGUGCAGAAAGCACUUGACAGGUGUGAACUAGCUCUAAGUACCCUGGUGAAGAACCCAGGCCCCACUCUGCCCAGUUAGACUAUGUUCGGAGCAGGGAGGGAAGGAAAGAGAUCACCACAGAGACCAGUU